UUGCAGACGUUCAUAGAAAGAUCUUGUGAACAGCUGGACCAGACUUCCAGUGUGGAGGAUCUUUGCGAGGAUUUGCUUUAUGAAGAACAUCAUUUAUACCCCACAGAAGAUGUGUACGAUGAGAAUCACGGGUUGCCGUAUGCCGAUGAUUUGUCUGGUGACGAAUUUGGCUCAUAUCGUUAUGAACAGGCGCAGGCGUAUUUGGAAUACAUGAAGCAAUUCGAUGAUAUCCGAACUGAGUUUUCUGUUGAUGACGACGUCGCAAAUCCCGACAACCUGCUCGAUGAAUGGGAAGAUCCUGAGCAGGACGACUAUUCAACGUUGCCUAUGGAUGUAGUAGAAAAGCAAUCAUCAGAGGAAGACAUUAGUGACUCGUUGUUCUUCAAAGCGGAACGUAUCUUCAACCAGCUACAAAAGCAGAGGCUGAAGAAAGAAUACGUGCAGUGGUUCGAUGAAGGCCAGGCAGUAGUGUGUGCAUCGCAAAUUAAGGGUGACGAACCUGGGAAGACCGACGACGUGAACCAGCUGUUAGGCAUUUGCAAUGACGAAGUUGAGAAGGGAAAGGCUGAAUACGAGCACAAGGAGACUCACGAAAAUGUAGGACUUCAAUAUUUUCACAUCACUAACCAUAAGACUAGAAUGACUUGA